AUGAAAGAUUUACGUAACCUUCUGAGUAAGGAUAAUGAGGAUCAAUUGUCAGAUAAACGAGAAUAACUCUAUCAAUAAUAAGCAAUAAGUCGAAGAACUGCUGUCACUCGUGAAUCUGGAAGGCCAGCUGGAUCACGGUCUUAUUAAAGAUUUUUUAAGAUCGAUUCUCCUACUGGAAACCUUGGAAACUUUUUUCACCAUCAUAAAUUCUCUUUAUAACAGGAUGCCUUCCAUUAUUAGGCAGAUUAGUAAGAGAAAUUUGUCGUUAAACAAUAUUGGAGAUCUUUGCUUAGAUGGCAAGGGUUCGAUGACUAUCUGUUCUUGAGAGAUCCUAUCAACCUAAGACACAUAAGGGGAAGGGAGAUCCUAACAAAGAAUGAUGUGGUAGAAGAAUUACAAGCAUACAACAUCCAUGUUUAAGUGUUGUAUCAGGCUGACAAUGGGAUGUAGGAGUACAAGGACUAGCAUCGUAGAUCAUAGAUGCAGCAAUUACAGAAGUUGUAUUAGCCUGGAGAGGCAAAUUACCAGAAAUUUAAUCCGGAGAAGUACAAAUAAUCAUUUUUUGGGGGAAAGGAUACUGGAAAAUUGUAAUAAAUGGUAUUUGAGAAUGCUAAGUUGCAUGAGUUAAUUGAUAAGAUACAACAAAUACUCUAAUUGAUCAAUGAGAAGAUUGUGGGCGAAGAGAUUAACCAAAUAUCCCCACUUGGAGAGAGGAUGAUCCGAUUAUUAUGGAAAAUCGGAUGUUUGAAUAUGUUUUUGUUGGGCUAUUUCAUACACAACAUUAUUUUGGAGAUUUAUGGUAAGGAGAAGUUGGCAUAUCAGAAUUGGAAGAAGAUCUUGCGUAUUUGUAAUAUGUAAGGCAAUCAUUGUCACCGCUACAAAUUGAUAGCCUACAAGCACAUAUCCAAGAUUUGCAUUAAGCUCUAAUUAUAUGACAAGAGUCUCAUCUAUCUGAAGAAGAUGCUCAAACUCUCAUGGAUUAUUAACGAUACCAAUUACGAGAUCUUUACUUAUGAUAAAAUAUCUUUAUGUUAUUAUUACAAGUAGGAUAUGAACAAGGCAAUCUAUUAUCAUGAGAAAUUCGCUUAGGGAGAGUAUGAAGAGGCAGGCAAGGGCAUGAGGAAUGUAGGAGAGGCUGCCUAUCUAUUGGAUGCAAAAAUGAAGGAGGGGUUCAUCGAUUAGAAUUCCUAUUCUGAGGAUGAGUACGAUCUUGAUGUCCUCUUAUAGAAUGGCAAUUUGAACAAGUGGGAAUUGGAGAACAAACGCAAGGAUCUAAAGGUUAUGGCCAAGAAGAUACCCACGGAAUAUAAGAAGGGACAUAGUUUUGGUAAAAUUCAUCGACCCACUAAUAACAUUAUUGACUUCAAACACGCCAUGUUAAUCUUACACAAAUUUCAAAACAAAUAAUAGAUUCCUUUGGGACCUAUUCAAUCAAAGGAUGUUCCUGAUCAAAUAUAAUCUACGAAGAGAUGGAAGAAGAAAGAUCCUCUCUAAUCUUGUCAAUAUCUAUUCAAUUAAAAGAGCACUAAUAGAGUUGCCCAGAACUUUCUAUUGUAAGAAGAAAUUAAAGAAUAACCUAUUAGUGAUGCUAUCUGCUUCAAACCAUCAGAGAAUAGUAUUUUAAUAUGA